AUGAUAAGAAAUGUUUCGGGAAAAUAUCAAGUUCCGUUACCGGCAGUCCGAGCAGUCAGUGAUGCGGAAGCUUUUAGAGUUGUGAAAACGGGUAAAAGUCGCCGAAAAGGCUGGAAACGUUUGGUAACAAAAGUUACAUUUGUUGGCGAAACAUUCACACGGAAACCUGCAAAAUUUGAACGAUUCAUUCGCCCGAUGGGUCUACGAUUCAAAAAGGCGCAUGUAACACAUCCGGAACUGCAAACGACAUUUUGUCUGCCAAUUGUGAGUGUCAAAAAAAAUCCAUCUUCAACGCUGUACACAUCACUGGGAGUGAUCACCAAAGGAACGAUCAUUGAGGUAAAUAUCUCCGAGCUUGGUAUGGUGACACAAGGCGGCAAAGUGGUUUGGGCGAAAUAUGCCCAAGUAACAAACAAUCCUGAAAAUGAUGGUUGUAUUAAUGCUGUAUUGUUGUUGUAA